ACAGCGUUAUUCAGGUUCAGCAUUUUAGAAAGUCCCUGGUCCAGUUCUGACAAUUCACAAGUUGAGUGAGAGUCAUACUUACAAAGGUGCUUCCUCCAUUACUGUGAUGCUGAAUCACCCAGCAUCAUUUCCUUGUGGCAGCUGUGAAAAAGUAAUGUGGAGGAAGACCUUCCCCAUAGAAGCAACUGUUGGUACAUGCCAAAAGCAGAAAUGCAUUAUUGAUGAAAGUUUUCGGGAAAGAUUUGCAGUCAAGCGUGAAAACAACUCUCUAUUUCUCAAGGCAGCUAAAUACAAUGACCUGGGGCAAUACGAGUGCAGCUGUGAUGGCUUAAUCAAGCAAAUUAAACUGGAUGUUGUAGUUCCUAUAAACGUGACAGUUGCUGAGUUGGGAAACGUCACUCUUCCGUGUUAUGCGGAUACUCAGAGCGGUGUCAGUGAUGUGACGUGGCUACAUUAUGAACAAAAAGCUCUGCACUACACUGCAGUAGGAGCCACAAUCCCAGGCCUGGGCUAUGAGGAGAGAGUAUCGCUGACAGAGGACGGAUACAGAGACGGUGAUGUGUCUCUGACCAUCACUGGUGUCCAUCAGACAGACGCAGGGUUAUACCGCUGCUUCGUUCGAGAUGAGACGGACAGAGGAUACCCACACGCCUACAUGCUGCUUGUGAGCGAGAAGCUCACCAGUGCAGGAGGAGACCAGACUGAGAGCACCAGCAAAGAAAAACGAACUCGCCUUGGACUGAUCUCAUCUUUCUCACUCUUCAUUUGCUUUCUUCUUCUUCUUUUCUGCUGUAAGAAGAAGGCAUCACCCACAGUGGAAACUACAGAUAGUGAGCCCGUACAGGAGAGUGACCAAAACCAUUCAACUCGUCCUUUUUAUUCUGGAGAAGAGACCUAUAUACUGUCAAACCUGAGAUUGAACAAUAACAGGCAUUCUAAUAAUGAAACUGCUGACACCAUUUAAACACGUGAACAUGUGUCAUUCAUGUAACUGGCAGCUGCCUUCUGAUGCAGAAGUAAAAAAUAUGAAAACUGUAAUCUUGGGAGCACAGAAAGUUUUGAACACUGUAAUGUUUAUUGUGUGAGUUCAGUUGUGUGCUGAGUGUACACAUGUUCCCUGUGGAUGGAGAGAGAUGCGAGACUUUUAAUAUUCUCAUACUUCUCGUUUAUUUACACAAAUUUAUAUUUUUAUUUCGAAAUGAUCAAAAUUGUAGUUCAUGAGAAUAACAAAUAAACAAAAGUAUGUAUAUGAUGAUUAAUAAAAGAUUUUUUGUGGCCUCUUACAGCCUCCUUUACCAUCUCCUCCUGAGCUUAUUAUCAGUCACCAUUCACUUCCUUUAUUUUCAGUCACCACUGACAAUGUGUAUAUCUUUGGUGUUUAAAGAUGUGUUAUUUGGUUUUUAUAGAAGACAAGUAUUUCCUAAUAAAGCACUUUAUUUUUCUGGACAAUUUUUAAACAAUUUCUUUAUUUUUUUUCUUAUUAUUUUUUUGUAAACACUUGAAAUGUAACUUAUUUCUCCAAUAAUGCCAAAGCCUUAACAUCGUUUACACUGUGUUCGGUGCAUAAUACUCUUUAUAAUGUAUAUUUGACUGUGUGUUGCAUAUUCAAUGGAGAGAGGUACAUAUGGAAAGGCAGAAAAUAGUUUUUUUUUCUAUAAUAAUUUUUUGUUGUUGUUAAUGUCUGUUGUAACUGUGAGGGUCUGUGUAACACUUCACAAAUCAAUUUUCAGACCAUAUGAAGCACAUGCAAAACUGAAACCAAAAUGUUUUUUAUUUUUUUUCCCGCUACUUGAUAAAUUAACAAUUGCCAUUUUCUUUCCUUUUUUCAAAUUUACUUCUGCUAAAUUGUGACUUCAGAAAUCAUCAUUUGAAUAAAUAAAAGCCAAUCAAUUUUCUAUUUUUCCAUUUUUUAAACUUACAAUUUGUGCUGUGGGCUGUACCAUUAGCGCGGGGGUGUGACAGGAGACUGUUUCACAAACUCUUAACGUGGCUUAAUGUAUCCUACUAAGACAGUGACACUGGAGGAUACACCUUAUUAAUAAUAAACAUAUAGGCUACAAUUUAUAGACAAGCAGUAUAGCCCAGAAUAUGACAGCAAAUUGUGCUAAAUUGCACGUUAAGUGUUUUGUGCCCCACUGAAAACCUUAAGAAAAUACACAGCUCAAUGGAUGAAGACAGUGGUAUAAAUUAAAAAGCCCAAACUCUGUAUAUUUAUUAACGGAGUGUUUUUUUACACUAAGUGAAGUCUUUUCUGAUAGCACGAAAAAUUAAUUAUUCAUUAACAAAACU